AUGAAGACAUCAAUUUUCAACGACGGGGAGAAUUUGUUUGGUGGAAACAACUUCCUGGCUCUGAUACCAAUUCUGCUGUUCUAUUUGGUUGAUCUCAAUAUUUACACUUUGAAAAAAAACUCCUCUUUGUCGGCAAGAAGGUCUACAACUUUGAAGUUUGCAUCAUCCAAAUUCUCAGCAACCAAAGUGGGUGAAGGGGCUGGAACAUGCCUGGAGGUGUGCGUUAGGGCCUGGCGGUAUGGCUGGAGGCUUGGAAGGGCUGGCAGGUUCGAGUCCACCUGCGCUGGGCUCAAAGUGAAGGCAAGAAGGCGUCAGGCCUUGUGCAUGAUGUGGGCACGAGCUUGGAGAGAGUGGGCCAGGAGAAGAUGCUGGGCUGCGAGCUGGAGCUGGAGCAAGCAACGAUGGGCUUUGCAUGAGGCGUGGGCUGCGCAGGCUGAGACGCGAGCUGGGCCUGGCGUGACAUGGGCUGCGCGCUGGAGCAUGGGCAAGCGACGAUGGGCCUUGCUGGCUGGGGCUGGGCUGCGCAGGAGUGUGCAAGCUGGGCUGGCCCCUUUUGCUUGGGGUACUUUGGAAGAAAGUGAAGAACGUAGACGUCCUAUACCGCUUGGGUUUGAUCCAUCUCUUCGACUUGGUGAUAACCCGCUCAAGCGCUUAGGCUUUACGUAA